AUGGCAGACGCCUGGGAUAAACCACACUUUGCAGCCAGGCGGUAUCAAGAGACUACAAGAGGGUCUGCAUUUGCUUAUACAAACAGCAACAAUACCAGAGAUCCUUUUGAAGGUCCUAAUUACCAUAUCGCCCCUCGAUGGGUUUACAAUGUUUCAACAUGUUGGAUGUUAUUUGUGGUCGUUGCAUCAGUAUUCACAAAUGGACUCGUCUUGGUGGCGACAGCAAAAUUUAAGAAACUGCGUCACCCUCUCAAUUGGAUUCUGGUCAAUCUUGCCAUUGCUGAUCUUGGAGAAACAGUUUUUGCCAGCACUAUCAGCGUUUGCAACCAGUUUUUUGGCUAUUUUAUUCUGGGACACCCAAUGUGCAUAUUUGAGGGUUUCACUGUCUCGACUUGUGGUAUCACUGCUCUUUGGUCCCUGACUAUUAUAUCUUGGGAGAGAUGGAUAGUUGUGUGCAAACCAUUUGGAAAUGUUAAAUUUGAUGGCAAAUGGGCUACAGGUGGAAUUGUGUUUUCCUGGGUCUGGUCAGCCGUAUGGUGUGCGCCCCCAAUCUUUGGAUGGAGUAGGUACUGGCCUCACGGAUUAAAAACAUCCUGCGGCCCUGAUGUAUUCAGUGGAAGUGAAGACCCUGGUGUUCAGUCCUAUAUGGUUGUUCUUAUGAUUACUUGUUGCUUGAUUCCACUGGCCAUCAUUAUAUUGUGCUACUUUGCAGUGUGGUGGGCCAUCCGAACUGUUGCCAUGCAGCAGAAGGAAUCUGAGUCCACACAGAAAGCAGAGAGAGAAGUAUCCAGGAUGGUGGUCGUCAUGAUCCUUGCAUACAUUUUUUGCUGGGGACCAUACACAUUUUUUGCCUGCUUUGCCGCAGCAAAUCCCGGAUAUGCUUUCCAUCCUCUUGCUGCAGCAAUGCCGGCAUAUUUCGCCAAAAGUGCAACUAUCUACAACCCAAUCAUCUACGUUUUUAUGAAUCGACAGUUCCGGACAUGCAUCAUGCAGCUCUUUGGCAAACAAGUAGAUGAUGGCUCAGAAGUAUCUACGUCAAAGACAGAAGUCUCCUCUGUGGCUCCUGCAUAA